AUGGGUUCUAAAUUUGAUUCCUACGGGGAUAAUGUUAAAUUAUCUAAUGCUGAUGUGGUGAUUCAAGUCGGUGAAAAGCCAGAUAUAAAGACAUUUUUGGCUCAUUCUGACAUUUUACGGAAGAAAUCACCAUAUUUUCGUACUGCUUUAUCAAAUACUUGGGCAAAAAGAGAAGGUGAAAAUAUUAUACUGAAAAAGCCAAAUAUAUCUCCCAAGUUAAGUCAUCAUGAUGGUUCGGUAGUACUCGAUAUUCUGGUGGCUGCUGAUGAAUUAUUGAUCGAGAAUGACCUCCUUUCAUCCAUUCAAGAUCAUCUUAUACAUGAUAAAUUUGUAUGGUUACAAGAUCAUUUUGCCCUUGUUUUACACACCGUAUUUGAACGUGAUGCAUAUAUUCUUCCUCAGAAUUUAAAUAAUGAUAUAAUAACUUUUCUUGAUAGUAAAUGUCUUCCGACUUCUAUAUUACCUCCUCGUUAUCCAAUAGUCUCUAUUAAUAGUAAUAUAAUCUUACCUCAUCAAGCCUUAAAGAUUCCCGAAUGGAUUAUUCAUACAAAUAGAUGGCAAUAUACUAAAGAAAGUUUUUUAUUUUCAUUUGGUAAUCGUGGAAAUAUUAUUGAUGCUAAAUUAAGUAAAGUUCAACCUGGAAACGAAGCUAUCUAUGAUGAUCCUUCGUUUGGUCCAUGUUUUGGAAAAACUGAUUUAGAUAUGCGUAGACAAUUUAAUGAAGAUUAUAAUUGUUCUGCUAAAAAACGUUGUUAUAAGCAUACUAUUGUUAAUUCUACAAAAUUUGCUGUAGAAGAUUAUGAAGUUUUUCAAGUUUUUUGUCACAUGGUAAGCUCUGGAUAG